AUGCCCUCGAAGGAGAAAAAAAAGAAGCCACGGCGGGCAGCGGAGGAAACUGAAGAAGAGGAUGACGACGCCAGGGAGUGGGAACCAAAGACGAAGAGGAAAAGCCAGGUCAGUGGCACAGAUUGCACUGGCAGGACCAGGAAGAACCGCCGCGCAAGCACACAAGAGUCUGACUCCCAAAGCGAUGCGUCGGAUGAGAGAGCAGCCAGGAGACACAAGGAAGGCAGUGGGAAGCUCAAGGUAAAGCCCAAGAGGAGGAGGAAGAGAGCCCCGCAGGACGAAGAGGAGGAUGGGCCAGAGGUGAGCAGUGAUGGACGCACCAGGGGCGAGCGGAGCAGCAGCGACAGCGACAAUGCAAAGAGCAAAGACACGAAGAGGAGAGCAGAGAAGCUUCCGGAUGUUGUGUUAGUGAGCAGGGGAAACAACAGGGAGAGCAAGAGGAGAGCGUCUUCUGUGAAGGACGCCAACAUGGGCUCCAAAGACAAGAAAUCCAAAGACGAGAAGAAAAAGAAAGACAAGGGGAAAGAGGAGGAGGACGCAGCCGAGCAGGGUGAUGGUGACGAGGACUCCAAGAAGAAGAAAAAGGAGAAGAAGAAGAAAGGAGCGGACAGUGAUGAAGACAACAAAAAAGGGAAAGGCAAGAAGAAGUCCAAGCAGCAGGACUAUGUGGAGAUCUAUGAGAACGAACUGAGAAAUUACAAAGAGGAGGCAGUCGAAAACUAUGAGGAUGAGUAUCACAAGAAAAAAGUGUACGAGGUGGUCACCAUCACGGGAGACGUCAGCGGGGCGGGCACAGAUGCCAAUGUGUUUGUCACUCUGUUCGGAGAUUAUGGCAUCACACCUAAACUGCAUCUGUCCAGCAAGAGCAGAACAGCUUUCGAGAAGAGCAAAACAGAUGUUUUUCGGCUCAAAACUCACAAUGUUGGACCUCUUAAGAAACUAAGAAUCGAACAUGAUAACACGGGCUUGAAUGCCAGCUGGUUCCUGGACCGCGUGACUGUGACCGACAUGAACAGGCCUCACCUGCGCUUCUACUUCGCCUGCAACAACUGGCUGAGUAAAGACGAGGGAGACCACCUGUUUGUGAGGGACCUGCUGGGCAGUUCUGAUCCCAUGGACAUGCCAAAAUACAACAAAUAUGUUGUAAGUGUGUUUACACCUGAUGUUAAGGGAAGUGGAACAGAUGCUGAUGUCUUCAUCAAUAUUUUUGGAGAGUUUGGAGACUCAGGGGAGCGACGAUUGGACAAUGAUAAAAACAACUUUGAACGAGCCUCUGAGGACAAGUUUACCAUUGAGGCACCAAACCUGGGAAAAGUCCGUAAAAUCACAAUCGGCCACAACAACAAGGGAUCAUCAGCAGGCUGGUUUGCGGAGAAGGUGAUUCUGGACGAUAUGGGUAACAAAACCAUCUAUGAGUUUCCUUUAGGGCGCUGGUUCGCCAUUGAUGAGGACGAUGGGAAAAUCCAGAGGGACGUGCUAGUUGGGGGGAGUCAGCCUACAGGGAUCAUGUACAACGUUCAGGUAGUGACAGGCAACAUCAGAGGGGCUGGUACCAACUCCAAGAUCCACAUGGUCAUGCAUGGAUCCAAAGGCCUGAAGAACAGUGGGAAGGUUUUCUUGGAGGGUGGCAAAUUUGAGCGUGCCCUAACAGACAUCUUUAAUGUGGAGAUUGCAGCUCUUCUCAGCCCUCUCAGUCGUGUCACCAUUGGUCAUGACAAUGGGGGUGUCAGCUCUGGAUGGUACUGUGAGAAGGUGGUGGUGUUUUGUCCCUUCACAGGCAUUGAACAGACCUUCCCCUGUUGUAAAUGGCUAGAUGAGGACGAAGGCGAUGGUUUAAUUGAGAGGGAGCUCUAUGAGAUGGUUUCCCUGCGGCAGAAGAGACAGAAAAAGCACCCUUGGUCACUGUGGAUCUGGACGUCUGAUCUGCCUGGGGCAGGGACAGAUGCAACUGUGUUCUUCCAGAUCUAUGGAGUGAAAGGAAAAUCAGACGCAAUGAAGCUAGACAACAAGACUGACAACUUUGAACAGGGCCAGCUGGAUAAAUUUAUAGUGGAACUUCCAGAUCUUGGGAAACUGACAAAAGUCCGUCUUUGGCAUGAAAAGCGGAAUCCAUUCGCAGGAUGGCAUUUAAAGAAGGUAUCUCUGAUGAAAACUUUGACCAAAGAGUUGUAUAAAUUCCCAUGCGAGCGCUGGUUGGACACUAACGAAGAUGAUAAUGAGGUUGUACGAGAGCUUCCUGCAUCAGGAGAUGAAGUAUCUGAGUCACUUCCAUUGAUUAAAUACAGAGUGACCGUGUGCACUGGGGAUGUUGGUGGCAGUGGCACAGAUGCCUCUGUCUUCCUUUGCCUCAUUGGAGAUCUGGGUGACAGUGGGGACCGGGCCCUUGUCAACUGCAAGAACAAUGUUAACAAGUUUGAGAAAGCCAAUGCAGAUGAGUUCAUAAUCGAGGCAGUGUCCCUCGGUAGAGUGAGGAGGGUUCGAAUUGGCCAUGAUGGGCGUGGAGGUGGCUGUGGCUGGUUCCUUGACAAAGUUUUAGUGAGGGAGGAAGGCAAGACGGAGAGUGAGGCGGUGAUAUUCCCCUGCGACAGAUGGUUUGACCGCAAUGAAGAUGAUGGACAGAUUGUUCGUGAGCUAGUUCCAUUUGCCGAUGGUCAGCGGCUGUACAAUGUCAGCUAUCACAUAGCCAUAAAGACAGGCAACAUCAAUGGGGCCAGCUCCGACUCCAAAGUGUUUGUGAAGCUGUAUGGAGAGAAAGGGGACACCAGCAGGAUGAUGCUGGUCGUCUCUGACAACAACUUGGGAAACUACUUUGAGACGGGCCGAGUUGACAUCUUCACCGUGGACACUUUUGACAUUGGACAAAUAAACCGACUAAUGAUUGGUCACACCAAUGAGGGCAUGCGAGCGGGCUGGUUUCUGGACAGUGUCCAGAUCAUGGUACCGGUGCACGGAUAUCAGUACAUGUUCCCCAGCCACCGCUGGCUCAGCCAGGGCGAGGCCGAUGGGAAGACAGAGGUGGAGAUCUACCCCAGCGAGAUUCUGGAACUGGAUAAAUUGAUAAACUAUGAGGUCACAGUUGUCACUGGUGAUGUCUUUGCUGCUGGCACCAAUGCCAAUGUCUUUCUCCAGAUGUAUGGGGACCAAGGCAAAACAGAACUGCUUUCGUUACAGAGCAGGUCCAAUAACUAUGAGAGGGGGACGACAGAGAUCUUCAAGAUUGAGGCGGCAGACGUGGGUAAGAUCUUCAAGAUCCGCAUCGGUCACGAUGGCUCAGGAAUGGGCAGCGGCUGGUUCCUGGACAAGGUGGAGGUCAAGCGGCUGGUGAUGGGCAUGGCACCAAAAGAGAAGAAGGAGGACAAGAAAAAGAAGAAGAAAAAGAAGAAGGGAGAAGAGGAUGAGGAGGAUGAGGACGCACAGGAGCUGCAGGAGAUCGUGCUGACCUACUCAUUCCCCUGUGACCGCUGGCUGGCCACAGACGAGGAGGACGGAGAGAUCGUAGUGGAGCUGCUCCCUGAGGAUGCCGAGGACCUUGAAGAGAACACAUACGAAGUCAGCGUGUUCACUGGCAGCAUGUGGGGCGCUGGAACAGACGCCAACGUUUACGUCAAUAUUUACGGGGAGAACGGAGACACAGGGGAACGCUUCCUCAGGAAGUCCAACUACCUGAACAAGUUUGAGAGUGGACAGGAGGAUGUAUUCUCCAUCACAGCUGUGGAGCUGGGUCCACUGAGGAAGCUAAGGAUCCGUCAUGAUGACACUGGCCCCAACGCGGCCUGGUACCUGGACAGGGUGGAGAUUGUGGACACCAAAGACGAGACCACGUACUACUUCCCCUGCAACCGCUGGCUGGCCAUUGAUGAGGAUGAUGGACAAAUAGCAAGAGAGUUGGUUCCAGUGGACGAGGCUUUCAUGAGGAAGAAUGAGGAUGAUGAUGAAGGAGGCGAAGCUAAGCUCGGGCUGGAGCAGAAAGCUAUGUCAACAACAUAUACCAUGCGGGUCAAGACUGGAGAUAAGAAGUAUGCAGGAACUGAUGCCAACGUCUUUGCCAUAUUGUAUGGGGAGAAGGAUGACACUGGUAUAAUCAACUUGAAAGCCUGUAAGCUCCACAAGAACAAAUUCGAGCAGGGCAUGAUUGAGGAGUUCACUGUGGAGGCUGUGGACCUUGGAGAGCUGAAGAAGGUGCGGAUUGGCCAUGACAAUUCAGGGGGGUCAUCUGGCUGGUUUCUGGACUGGGUGGAGAUCAACGCGCCUUCCCAGGGCCAGAGACUCCGUUUCCCAUGUGGACGCUGGCUUGACCCAGGGGAGGAUGAUGGAGCCAUCGUGAGAGACCUGUACCCUGCAGAUCUCCAGACGGAGUAUUACGUCCCCUUUGUCCCAUACGAGAUUAAAACGUUCACCAGUGAUGUGUUUGGGGCGGGCACUGAUGCGGACGUCUUCAUCGUUCUCUAUGGCAGCAAAGCUGUAUGUACACUGCAGAAACACCUCUGUGUCAACGAGAGAGAGAGGCGCCUGUUCUUUGAGAGGGGAGCUGAAGAUAUGUUCAUUGUGGAGUUAGAAGAUGUGGGGGAUGUAAUUGAGAAGAUCCGCAUAGGCCAUGACAACAGAGGAACAAACCCUGGCUGGCAUCUGGACAGAGUGGAGAUCAGACGACUACUGAGGAAGGGGAAGGGCUCAGAGACCAUCAUCUUUCCGUGUGAGCGUUGGUUGGCACGGUCCGAGGACGAUGGGGAGACUGUGCGAGAGCUGGUGCCCUCUGACAUCAUCACAGAGAAGCUGCUGAGAGACGGAACGCUGAAGGUCACCGAGACGGAGGUGGAUGAUGCGCUGGAGACCCACACGUACAACAUCUCGGUCCGGACCGGCGACAUACACGGAGCUGGAACAGAUGCCAACGUCUUCCUCACCAUCUACGGGGACUUGGGUGACACUGGGGAACGCAGACUCCGCAAGUCUGAGACCAACAGUAACAAGUUUGAGAGAGGAGCGGUGGACAAGUUCUCCAUUGAGGCAGUGGACCUUGGCCAGGUGUUCAAGAUUAAGAUUCGCCAUGACAACUCUAUGCUGGGCGCGGACUGGUACCUGGAUCAGGUGGAGGUGGUGGACAUAGACACUGACGAGGUCUACAUGUUCCUGUGUGAGCGCUGGCUCUCCAAGAAGAAGGAGGAUAAGCGCAUCGAAAGGACCUUUUAUGUGAAGGGCUAUGAGGGAGAGAGGAACUCCAAGAGCAGCUCCAAAACUACAAUGAAGAGUCUGGACAGCAACAUGAAUAAAAAGAAGAAGAAGAAGAAAGCAGUAGCAGUAGAGGAGGGGCCAGUGAUCCCCUAUGACUUCACGGUGUCCACGGGACUGGACCGCGACGCCAGCACCACCAGCCGCGUGUAUGUCAUCAUCAUGGGCCCCGGGGACCUGGAGACGGACAGGAUGUGGCUGGACCUGCCCGAGGAGAAGAAGUGCUUUGCCUCGGGCAGCAUGGAUCACUUUCAGUCCUACGGCCUUGACGUGGGCCAAAUCAAACGUGUGGAGCUAGGACACAAUGGAGCGACACCCGAGAGCUGCUGGUUGGUGGAUGAGCUGUCUGUCGCCGUGCCAACCAGAGGGAUCAAAUAUAUCUUCCAGUGUAAGUGCUGGCUCGCCAAGGACCGAGGAGAUGGGCUCACAGCCAGAGUCUUCAACGUACUCGAUGCCACUGCCAUCAGUAUUAUACGAAAGAUGGUGUAUGAGGUUACGGUUGUCACAGGAGACACACAGGAUGCUGGGACUGACACCAACAUCUACAUUAUUGUGUUUGGGGCUAAUGGGUGCACUGAGGAGCACUUACUGCCUAAGAAUGAGGACAGGUUUGAAAGAGGUCAAGAGGAUACUUUCAACCUGGAGAUUGAUGACAUCGCUCCUCUGAAAAAGAUGAGGGUUCGUAUUGAUGGCACAGGGAGUCGUCCAGACUGGUUUCUUGAUCAGAUUAUCAUGCGUGACACUAUAACCGAGGAGGUGUCUGUCUUCACCUAUGAGAACUGGCUGUCUAAGACCAAAGGGCCAAAGAGAACGAGCGUGUGUGAGUUAGCAGCUGUGGUGGACGAGGAGGACAUGGUGGAGAUGACCACCUACAUUGUCACCGUCAAGACCAGUGACGCCUCAGGCGCAGGGACGGACGCUAACGUAUUCCUGAUCAUUUUUGGAGAGAACGGGGACACUGGGACCCUGGCGCUGAAGGAGUGCAGCAACAGGAACAAGUUUGAGCGCAAACAGGUGGAUAUAUUCCGCUUCACCGAAAUCUUUAGUUUGGGAGACUUGUCAAAAGUUCGCGUUUGGCACGACAACAAGGGGCCUGCGGCGGCCUGGCAUCUGGAGUAUAUCGAUGUGAAGGACGAGCUGAUGGGCGAGACAUUCCGCUUCCCUUGUGACCGCUGGCUGGCCAAGAAUGAAGACGAUGGGCAGAUCAUGCGGGAGAUGGCAUGUGCCAACAACGACAACCUGGACCUCAAUGAGAAAACCAAAUAUGAAAUUGCCAUUACAACAGCCAGCACUGAUAAUGCAGAUACGAAGGAGAAUGUCUGGAUUGUGCUGGAAGGGAAAAAAGGCCGCUCCAAAGAGCUGAUGAUGGAGAACAAGAAAAAGAAAUUCCUGAGAGGUGCCACAGACACUUUCGAGUUCUCCUCCAAAAAUGUUGGUGAAAUUGUAGGCAUUUGCCUAGGCCACAUCACCAAGGAUGGCAAGAAGGUGAAAUCAGAGUCUUUCUGGCAUGUUUUGGAGGUGGUGGUCACUGAAAAAGAGCUUGGAAAUCAGAACACAUUUUACUGCGAUGCACAGAUCCCCCUCUCUGCCAAAAAGGAUGAUUUUAUGACCUUUGAAUGUACCAAGUCCGUGGAGAGUUUUGCCAGUAAGGUGCGUAGCCUGGUGCCAGUGAAGUAUGAGAUCAUCGUCAUCACAGGUGACAUAAAGGGUGGGGGCACCGAUGCCAACGUCUUCGUCACGGUCUACGGCGUCAACGGGGACUCGGGCAAACGGGCCUUGAAGCAGAAGUUCCGGAACCUGUUUGAACGGGGCAACACCGACCGGUUCAUGCUGGAGAUGCUGGACCUGGGGGAGCUGCUGAGGGUGCGCGUGGAGCACGACAACACCGGCACCAAGCCGGGCUGGUACCUCGAGUGUGUGGAAAUCACCAACACUGCCAACUGGGUGACCACCAUUUUCAUGUGUGGCAAGUGGCUGGAUACCACUAAAGCGGACGGGCAGAUCCAGAGAGUGCUGUAUCCCAGGUACUGACACUGAACACCGACAGAGGAUCACAUGGAAUGCAGCUGAACUGGACAGAGGCUUGGAUCUGUAUGUAAAAAAAACUUU